AUGGCUACUUCGUUCAUCUCUAAACAGCUUCGCUCAACCGAGGAAGACCAGGAAGCUCGACCUAGCUGGAUCCGCCGUCAAGUCGUGUCUGGUCUUCAGUCUAUCUCUCGCCGUGCCUGUGUCCACCCAAUUCACACCCUCGUGGUGAUCGCCAUUCUCGCUAGUACAACCUAUGUGGGUCUUCUGGAAGGCAGCCUGCUGGACACCAGCAGGGAUGCCCAAAGUGUCGCUGGACAAGUGGAUACAGAUGCUCUGCUCCAAGGCAGCCGUAAUCUGCGACUUGGAGAAUCGACUUCAUGGAAGUGGCAGGCGGAGGACAUGUGGACCGACUCGGAGAUCGAGAAGCCUGCCGCUCAGCACCUGGCCCUGACUACCCUUAUCUUCCCGGAUUCUACUUCCAGUGCUCCUACAGCUGAUGAUGUCCCGGUUCCUGCCAAUGUCUCCGCCAGCUCUGUUCCUUAUACCCCGAAUCUGUUCUCGCAGUUCACCUCUGACUCUUCCCUGGUGUACACCGUGCCAUUUGAGCAGGUGUCAGAGCUCUUGAAGGCUGUGCAGGAGAUCCCCAACCCCUCCAACGAAGAGGACGAAGAAGAAUCCAAGAUGUGGAUCAUGAGAGCUGCUCGUGGCCCUGCCUAUGGAUCGCGCAGAGCUAUCAAGCUCUGGGUUGCGGAUGCCUGGGGUUCAUUUGUGGAUCUGAUCAAGCACGCGGAGACCAUUGAUAUUGUGAUCAUGGCUCUUGGCUACAUUUCUAUGCACCUGAGCUUUGUUUCACUUUUCUUCUCAAUGCGCCGACUAGGCUCCAACUUUUGGCUUGCGGCUACCGUGCUCCUUUCUGGUGCUUUUGCCUUCCUGUUUGGCUUGCACGUGACCACCAAGCUCGGCGUGCCGAUCAAUCUGCUUCUGCUCUCCGAGGGUCUACCAUUCUUGGUUGUGACCAUUGGAUUUGAGAAGCCGAUAAUGCUGACCCGGGCUGUUCUCAAGGCUUCUGUUGAUAACCGUCGGCCUCGUCCCGGUGCUGCUCCCCGUCCUCUGGCCUCGAGCACACCCAGAUCUAUUCAGGACUCCAUCACAGCAGCUAUCAAGGACCAAGGUUUCGAGAUUGUCCAGCAUUACUGCAUUGAAAUUGGUCUGUUGGCAUUGGGUGCCGCUUCUGGCGUUCAGGGCGGUCUCCAGCAGUUCUGCUUCCUUGCGGCCUUGAUCUUGUUCUUUGACUGCGUGCUCCUCUUCACCUUCUACACCACCAUUCUUUGCAUCAAGCUCGAGAUUACUCGUAUCAAGCGUCACGUGGCUCUGCGCAAGGCUUUGGAAGAAGAUGGAAUUACCCACAGUGUCGCUGAGAACGUCGCUUCUAGCAACGACUGGCCCAGCGCCGGAUCUGGCAGCAAUGAAGCCGAUACUAGCAUCUUCGGACGUAAGAUCAAGUCCAGCAAUGUGCGCCGGUUCAAGAUUCUCAUGGUUGGUGGUCUGAUUUUGGUUAAUGUUGUGAACAUGUCAGCCAUUCCUUUCCGGAACACCGGCAACGGUGGCCUGCUUUCCCGUUUCUCCAGUGUCUUGGCUCCUACCCCCAUCGAUCCCUUCAAGGUCGCCGAAAAUGGCUUGGAUACUGUCUAUGUAGCUGCCAAGAGCCAGAGGCAAGAGACUGUGGUUACAAUUCUCUCACCCAUUAAGUACAAGUUGGAGUACCCCUCUGUUCACUACGCAGCUCCUCUCGAGUCUGGUUCGUUUGACAUCGAAUACUCUGAUCAAUUUUUGGACGCCGUUGGCGGCAAGGUUCUCGAGAGCCUGCUCAAGAGCGUGGAAGACCCCUUCAUCAGCAAGUGGAUCAUCGCCGCUCUGACUCUGAGCAUCAUUCUCAAUGGCUAUCUAUUCAACGCUGCCCGCUGGAGUAUCAAGGAGCCUGAGGCACCCGCCGCUCCUGUUGAGCCUGUCGUGGCACCAAAAGUCUACCCCAAAUUUGAGCCCAAUAAGGAAUCCAACCGGACUCCUGAGGAGUGCGAGGCGCUGCUCAAGGCGAAGCGUGCCCCCAUUCUUACCGAUGAGGAAUUGAUUGAUCUCUCUCUCCGUGGAAAGCUUCCUGGUUACGCUCUGGAGAAAUCCAUGGAGGACGAGAAUCUGAUGAGCCGUGUUGAUGCUUUCACUCGUGCUGUGAAGAUUCGCCGAUCUGUCGUUUCCCGCACUCCUGCUACCUCUGCUAUCACCUCUACUUUGGAGGAAUCCAAGCUUCCCUACAAGGACUACAACUAUGGUCUCGUCCACGGUGCUUGCUGUGAGAACGUCAUUGGUUACCUGCCCCUUCCUCUCGGUGUUGCUGGUCCUAUCAACAUUGAUGGACAAAACUACUUCAUCCCUAUGGCCACUACUGAAGGUGUGUUGGUGGCUAGUACCAGCCGUGGCUCCAAGGCCAUCAACGCCGGUGGUGGUGCUGUGACUGUUCUGACUGGCGAUGGUAUGACUCGUGGACCCUGCGUUACAUUCCCGACCCUGGCCCGGGCUGCCGCCGCCAAGGUCUGGAUCGACUCCGAGGAAGGUCGCAGCAUCAUCAUGGCUGCUUUCAACUCCACGAGUCGUUUCGCCCGUCUGCAGAGUCUCAAGACUGCUCUCGCCGGAACCUACCUGUACAUUCGCUUCAAGACCACCACUGGUGAUGCCAUGGGCAUGAACAUGAUCUCCAAGGGAUGUGAGAAGGCGCUGGACGUCAUGUCCAAGGAGUGUGGAUUCAAUGACAUGGACAUCAUCUCGCUUUCUGGUAACUUCUGCACAGAUAAGAAGUCCGCUGCUAUCAACUGGACUGACGGCCGCGGCAAGUCUGUCGUGGCGGAGGCCAUCAUCCCCGGUCAUAUCGUCAAGAGCGUGCUCAAGAGUGAUGUCGACGCACUGGUCGAGCUGAACGUCAGCAAGAACUUGAUCGGAAGUGCGAUGGCAGGCAGCUUGGGUGGUUUCAACGCUCACGCCUCCAACAUCGUGUCUGCCAUUUUCUUGGCCACUGGUCAAGAUCCCGCCCAGAACGUCGAGAGCAGCAGUUGUAUCACCACCAUGAAGAACAACAACGGUAACCUUCAGAUCGCCGUGUCCAUGCCCUCUAUCGAGGUGGGCACCAUUGGUGGUGGUACCAUCCUCGAAGGCCAAGGUGCCAUGCUGGACCUCCUCGGAGUCCGCGGAGCCCACCCCACGUCCCCAGGUGAGAACGCUCGCCAACUCUCCCGCAUUAUCGCCGCCUCCGUUCUCGCCGGUGAGCUAAGUCUGUGCUCCGCCCUUGCCGCCGGUCAUCUUGUCAAGGCGCACAUGGCGCACAACCGCAGCGCCGCCCCAACGCGGUCCUCCACCCCCGUGUCAUCGGCCGUUGGUGCCGCCCGCGGCCUUUCCAUGACCUCCAAAUAA